AUGCCAGUCGAUGAAGAAGAACUCGAUCGUCUACGUAUAAUUCACCAAAUAUACCUCCAAAUCUUCGAUAACGAACUUACUACCGUACCUUUGGAAUCACCUACUCGCAUUCUGGAUAUUGGAACAGGAGCUGGUGAUUGGGCUAUGGGAAUGGGUGAUCUAUGGCCCUCGGCCGAAAUAAUCGGAACAGAUAUUGCCAAAGUUCAACCCACAGCAGUCCCACUAAAUGUCUUCUUCGAGAUCGAUGACGCGGAAGAAGAAGGUGGGUGGACAUGGCCACCUAACGAAUUUGAUUUGAUCCAUUUGAGAAAUAUGGCAGGUGCAUUCGGUGAUUGGGAUCAUAUAUAUUCCGAAGCAUAUAUACAUUUAAAACCCGGUGGAUGGAUUGAAAUCAUGGAUUUCGAUGACCAUAAAGCUUUCCUUACAUUUUUCGAUGAAGAUAGUCCCAUUCCAGCUCUCUUACGUGAUAUGGAAGAAGCCGCUCGGAUAUCUGGACGACCACGUGGAAUUGCGCAUCUAGAACAGGAAAAAUUGCGAAAAUUAGGGUUUGUAGAUGUUAAGGCUUUGGGGUGGGAUGAAGAGGAAGUGAGGAGAAGGUGUGUGAUAUGUGGAGAGGAUAUGAAGAGGGUUAGUUUAAAUGCGGAGAGAGCGAGGGGUUUGAAAACUAUGGUGAGGGUUUUGGUAGGUAGGAAACCGGGUGGGGAAGUGGAUUCUCACGGAGAUGGGGAUGGAGAUGGGGAGAGUGUGAUGACGGAAACCAGGACGAUUCACGGUGAUUGA